CCACUGUGUUUACCUGACCUGUCAAGCACAGCAGACCCACAAUGCAUCAUCGCAGCAAACACACCUCGGCCAUGUUUGGACUCUGGUCGUGAAUGGAAGUCACUGCCGCAUAGAAGCUAUUCCCUUUGUAGUCUCACGUUUUGUACCGUCGAAAUGGUGUAAUACUAAAGAUUAAAUGCACUCUCCGGCUUUGUAAUCAAACUCUAAGCGGGACGCGCCUUGCACCAUGUCAGCCAACGCUCAGGAUUAUGACUUUGAUGAAUAUGACAAACCUGGUGCUGAGCGGUUACGCAGGAGGAGAGGUGAAGAUGAUGAUCUAGAGAGUGAUUUGGAAGAGGGUUUGUUGGAGGAGGAUUGGCUGUCAGGUAAAAAGAAUCCCUCAGAAGUGUCUGAUGAAGAGCUGAAUGAUGACCUUCUACAAAGUGAUGAUGAAGAUGUAAAUAUGAGUGGUCAGGAUGUGAGCCUCAAUGCCACAUACAGCAUGGGCACAUCCUAUGACCAGCAGGGCAACACGCAGGAAGCAGACUACACAGAUGACGUUGUGAACCUGGGUGGAAAAGGUGAUGUAGACGAGGAGGGGUACCAACAAGAGGGGGAAGAGGAGUACACGCAGGGAUACAGCCAAGAGGACAACGCAGAGAUGCCUGAUGACCAAAUGGAUUACACUGGAGAGCUAGCUGAGGGUGACGAUGGCUACCAGGAUGAAGUGCUAGACAUCCAAAUCAAUGAGCCCAUAGAUGGUGAAUUUCAAGAUGAUGAAUACCAAACCUAUGUUGAUGAGCGUCUGGCUAAACAUGGAGUCCAACAGGAGGAGGUCCCCGAGGAGCAGAGGGAGGUAGGGGGAGAAGAGCAGCAGGAAGUGGAGGAGGAAGACACAGCCGAGGGCUCUCAGGUCUUUGACACAGAGGAGGUUGAAAAUGAAGGUGUGCACGAAGAAGAGACAAAGGAGGAAUCGGACGAGGAGGAUGAGGAAGAUGAAGAGUCUGGUCGCAUAAGGUUUAAAUCUGAGAGAAAGGAUGGCGCCGUUGUGCGGUUGGCUGAUGCAGGCAGUAACAGGAGGAUUAUCCCUGAAACACUAGAACUGUCAGAGAAGGCUAAGCAAGAUCUGAUGGAGUUUGAAGAACAAGAACGGCAAAAGAAACAAAACCGAUAUGGAGGCCGAGGCAUGCGAGGAGGAAUGCGAGGAGGCAGAGGAAGAGGAGGCUUCCCACCAUUUGGAAUGGUAGAUUUUAGAGGAGGAAACAGAGGAAGAAUGAUUGGCCAGAGGCUCCCCCUGAUGGGAAACAUGGGCAUGCAGCAGCCGUCUCUCCGAAUGCCUCUUCCUCAUCAGCAGCAACUGCACUCCCACCAGCACCACCCUUCCCAUCCAAGAGGACCUCCUCCCUUUCAAGACCAUGGGCGCCCACUGGCCCAACAGCCCCUUCAGCCCCUCAUCCCCCCACACAUGGCUCACCGCUCCCCGCCGUUGCGGCCCCAGAUGGAGCCACCACCACGAAUGAUGAGCUCCCCGCCACCCAAUUUCCCCCAACAUCACCAACAGCAGCCUCCACAGCCCAAAAACAUCCACAUUAACCCCCAUUUCAGAGGGCCCACAGCAUCCUCUGUACAAGUGCCCUUGAUGCCUCCUGCUCAGAGCCAGCCCAGACCUGCUGUGGGUCCUCAGAGGUUCCCUGGACCAGGAGACUUCCAGCAGCACAUGUCUGGUAAUUUUGGUCAGCCCCAGCGGCCCCCUCAUCACAUGGAGCCCUUUAGGAACCAGCCACCUCAAGGCCCCCAAGACAGAGAGCCCCUCUUUAUGGGAGAGCGCACAGAGUCAACACGGUUUCCAGGGCAGCACAUGUUUGAUCACCAGGGCCCCAGUCCUCUGAUGAACAGCAGCCACAACAUCCACCAGCAGCAGCAGCAGCAGCAGCAGCUGCCCGGCCAGGGCCACAUGGGCUUUGGCCCACCCGGACCACCCUUUAACCAGCCAGGCCAGGGUCCGCUAGGACUUUUUCCAAGAGAACCCCCAAGGCCCAACCUCCCUCCGCACCAAGGUCAUCAGGGGAUGGUCGGCUUGAAUCAACAAGGUGGCCCCCCCAACCAGCCCAGACCCUUCAUGGACCCUCGUCAGCCUUUUGGCCAGCAGGGGAACCUUUUCCCCCCUCCACAAGUCCAGUUUGGGAUGCAGGUACGACUAAGAGGCUUAAUGCACGGCCCUCCUGUCUCCCAGCUUCAGCAUCACGACCCCUUGCCAUCCCAUCAGCCCAUGCACCAGCAGCAGCAACAUCAUAGGCAGGAGUUACCCCAUCAUCAGCAGCAACAUCUAAAUGUCAAUGAGCCCCGCCCCAUGAUGCACCAUGGCCAGAAUCUCUUCCAUCAACAGCAUGCUCAUGGUAGCCCCAGGCAGAUGACUCCCCGCCCUCAGAACUCCCAACAGCGCAACAUGUCCAACAGGCAGAGGAUGAACGCACCCGUCUCCAAACAAAUGCAGCAGCGCAACAGCAACCUCCGGGAGCUCCCUGUAGCACCUGGCAACACAAACAUGAACAGUGCCCGCCCCGCUGCCAACGUUAGGGCUGUUGCCAAGGCAACACAGGGGGUGCGUCCUGGGCAGAACACUCAGCUGCUACCUGGUGGUGGCAGAGGAAGAGGCCAAGUUGCUGACAAGAUCGAAUCACAGCCUGGGGGAGCAGGCAGGACAGUGGUUCGCAAGGAAAUCCCAAGCACACUGUCCAGCACGGCACCACAGGACCGUGAUGAGGAUGAGGAGACACGGCAGUACCGUUUGAAGAUUGAAGAACAGAAGCGUCUGAGAGAAGAGAUUCUGAAGAGAAAGGAGAUGCGACGGCAGAUGCAGGCUGGAGUUAGAAAGAAGGAGCUGCUGGACAGGCUCAAUGCCCAGACUCCUAGCCAAGGCCCAGCUCCUUUACAGAUUCAACCCUCACAACAAAAUCAACAAAUGCCACACCCUGUACUACAACAACAACAGCAGCAGCAACAACAACAGCAACAGCAGCAACAUCUACUACAGCCACAACAGCAAAGACAGUUGCCUCAGAGAACACAAUCAUUAAAUCAAUCAUUUAAGAAUUCUAACCAAGCCACCCCCAUCCCGCCCAACGGCACUCCUCAGAUCCCUACACCACGUCCCAAUGUCAAGACACGCCUGCAGAUGGUAAAAGGUAGUGCCCAGCAGCAACAGACCCCUGGGCCUGUUCCAGACCAGCAAUGGAAACCGCCUCAACAAAAUCAGCAGCAGCUGCAACAACAGCGAAGAAACAGUGCUGUGCAGAACAUUAACAUGCCUGGUGUUCAGAUCCAGGCCAAUCAGGUCCCCCAAAAGAUAAUACCUGUAACUCCCUCUGUGGGCCCUGGCCAGGCUCAGGCUCCAACUCAAGGACCUAUACCUGGGACUAAAAGAACUGUGAUGCAGCGGGCCAAGAAUUCUGGUUUUGAAGACCAGCAGGUGCCACCAAAAGUCAGAGUCGUCAAACUUUCAGGAGCGAGUGGAAAGGGGCCAGUGGCAGCCGGCAGCCCAUUGCAGCAACAAGGCACCUGGUCGGCAACCCCGCUCAACCAGGCCGUGCAAAGAAAGGUUACCAUGACAGCGCAGCAGCAACAGGGACCAGGCGGAACACCACAGGCUGGCCGAGGGGUUAUGGGCAACCAACAGCAAAACAGGGUUGUCGUUUCGGGCCGGGGCCGAGGUAGAGGGGGUGGUCAGAUGGGUCGAGGUCGUCCGAUGUCCACCAGACAGAGCCAAAGAGGAGCAGAGGGCGAACGCUGCACUGUGUCCAUAAAGGGCCUCUCCUCAUCCACAACUGACGUUCAACUGCAGAAUCUUCUCAUGUCCAUCGGCCCCAUAGAGAUGUUCAAAAUGAUGCCCCAGCAGAGAAAAGCAAUCGCCACAUUUUCCAGUCCCCAGCAUGCAGCGAGUUUUCAAAUGAGCUUCCAUAGGCACAUGAUUGAUUUGUCCCACAUUGAUGUGUCGCUGAUUGAUGGAUGAGGAGCACAAUAGAGCCAGCGAGUCCUGUUACAAGAAGUCGCUUUCUCCCAACGUGGGAGCCUCUCAUGCACAACUCCAACCUGGCAUAGGAAUAUUUCUUCAGCCCUUUGUGGUUACACACCAACGUCUCUGUACAGAACCAUCAUUCAUCUCCUAAUCAACUUGGAACAGUGAACUUAAAGACCUUAGCUGCGAGCAUGCUAUUGUAUGACUUUGUUUACCACUUGUCUAUUGGUGUGUAAAAUGGCACUGGAGAGACACUGGACACUUAAAUCUACUUUAAUGUAGUUUGUGAAAAAUGUUUUGUGCAUCUUACAUGGACACUAAGUAGAAUUUAUCAUGGGAUAAUGGUUGCUCCCCUCCUCAGUUAGACUAAUUAUUAAAACCAAACAAACACUUUAACUUUGUAAUUGAGAUACGACCACUUCACAGUAGUUUUUUAUUAUUUGCGGCUCACUGAUUGGUUCGGAUGCAGGAAAUUGUUGUGGCAGGCUGUGGCUAGCAGUAUUUCUCCCCCUCUAUAGAUGGCAGUAUUUCAUCACUAAUAGUGCUUCAUUUUUCCAACUCAAGCCAGCUUUCAGGUAGUGAGGAGUCUCCAAGAUGUUUUUGGUUGAAUGGCACUCCCUAGUGGAGAACUUGCAUACAGGCACAGAAGUGAAAGAUUUAACAUUAGACACAUAGUAGUGGCUGGAACCAAAUUGGCACUGGAUGUAAAAUGAAUACUGGUUUUCUAAAUUCCCAAUGGUUUUAGGAAUUGUAAAUGUUGUGACUUUGGGGUAGACUUUGUGGUGCUUUUCAGUUUCAGUGCUGCUUCUGGGAAAGAUUGUUCAGAUCAUCUCUAGUUUAGGUUAGUCAAUUUGGUCAGUUGGCAUUGCUCCUUGUUCUAAACUUAAUGAGAUAUUUUAACUGGAUUUUUAAUCCAUUUUGGAAUAACCGAUGCAUUUUGGAUGUAUAUUUUAGUUGUAUGUCUGAUUAUGGAUUAGUUAGAUUUAGGUUUAUAGUCUGUGUUGAGUGGUCUUUGAGGAAAUGUGUAUGUAAGUGUUUUUUGUUGAGUUUUUUUUUUUUUUUUAUAAUUACAAAUGUUUAUUGUUUGGGAGAUGUAUUAGUCAUUAAUUUUGCAGACAGGAUUGCUUACAAUUCUCCUCAGGAUACAUUUCUGUACAUUAGGCUUCCUCCUUUUGCCUAUAAUUGUUCAGAAUCUGCGUGACUAUCAGAUUGAUCAUUUGGUUAUCACUGAGCUGCAUGGUUUACCUAGAAUAGCACUUUGAACAGUUUUUCUUCACGUUGAGUUGAUAACAUAGAUGUUUGGCAGUAGAUCAGAAAACUAAAACAAAUUCACUGUAUUACUUUGCCCCAUAAAUUGAAUUCCCCUUAUUAUAAUAAAUCAUAUUGAUAUUGUACUCCUACAUAAAGAUAAUUUUUUUCAUGAGAAAUUCUAAGUAACACUUGUACAAUCUCUCAUACUUAUUAAUUUUCUCUGAGCAUGUGCCCUUGUUUGGGGAGUGCUACCACAUCACUGAAAUUCUUAAAUUUUCUAAAUACUAGUUUCUGUCUCCCAGUUAGAUUUCAUGAGAUAUCACUACAUUUAGCAAGUUAGGCUCAUUUACGUUUUUUCACAAUUCCACGAUUUCUUUCUUCAUCACACAACAUUUUUGUCCGUUCCGGGUUUAAAGUUUGUUAAACAAAAACAGUUCUUUUAAAUCUUAAGACGUUGUUACCCAUGUUAAUGUGACAAAGAAAGCCGAGGGGGCAACCAUUAUCUAUGUAGUGAUCAUGUGCAUAAGUAGACCAGAACUUUCUCUCAAUAUUUAUCCUGUUGAAUUUUUUUUUUUAGUUAUUCUUUACUUAUGUUGUAUCAAGUUAAGCAUUUUUAUAUGUAAGGAUAUGCUAAUGUGUCCAGACAUAAAUCAUUUUACUAGUGUUAUGUUUCUAAUUUAGAGCCAAAAUGAAGAAUGACUGGACCACAAUUCUGUUUAUAAGACAUUUGACAACAAGUUUAAAGUAAAAUAAAAACAUGGCCAAUAUACCGUGAACAUGCAGGUAUGUGAAGCCGGUUAAACUUUAGCCCAAAGAUGUGUGGUUGUGUGUGAUGUCCAUGUGUCUGGUGCCUUUACGAAUAAUAAUCUUUCUUAUAUGUGCUGCUUUUUAUUAAUUUAUACUUUUACGUAUCUUGUAAGUUCUUGGUUAUUCAUCUUACAACUUAUCACAUAUACUUUAUAAAACUUUUUCAACACCUUGUAUGGCAAGAAAUACUACCUCAUAUAGAUUUAGGGGGAUGCCACUGAAUUUUGGCAUUGAAAUUAUUUGCUUCAUAGCCAGAAACACAAUAAUUUUUGUCCUACCCAUUUAACUGUGAUGUCAUACUAAUGUUCAGCUCCCUACAGCCCUGACAUGCUAGAGGUAACGCAAUAGGCAAGGUAAAUGUAGCCACACUUUAAACUUUCACUGGAUUUGAUUUAUUCAAAGAUAAUUUGGAGGGUUAACAUUUAAAUAUGCAGUCUUCAAAUUACUGUUAGUAAAUCAACUCAUGGCUGUGCAUCUGGAUGACAUCACAGGUUAAGUUCAUGGUUCUGUGGUUUUAAGACUUCAGAAAGAGUUGUUCAUGUUCACAAGUACCUUUUGGCCUCUGUCCUUGACUGCAUUUGCGAAUCAAAUUGAUAUAUUUAGUGGUAUUUCCCUUAAAUUAGCCAUUACUUGAAAAAAAUCAAAAUCCACA